AUGCCCAAGGUUUCUGCUGCUACAAUGGAGUUGACUAUCAAACACUCUGGCAAAAACUACAAUGUCCCCGUGACGCAGGAGACCACAACUGCUACCUUCAAGCAGGCUGUGUCCGAGCUCACUCGGGUCCCUGUUGAACGUAUGAAGGUCAUGGUCAAGGGCAAGCUCGUCAAGGAUGAUACCGACUAUGCUGCUCUUGCUUCCCAAAAGGUCACCGUGAUGGUCAUCGGUGCCGCUGAGGCUUUGCCUAAGGCUCCUACUCAGCCUAUCGUAUUCUUGGAAGACGUCGGUGAUGGAUCCUAUGCUAAGGCAGAACCCAAUGGUUUGGUCAACCUCGGUAACACCUGUUACCUCAACUCUACUAUCCAGGCUCUGAAAGUCGUCCCCGAGAUUGACAGUGCCCUCAAGGAGUUCACCCCUUCCGGCACUUCCGCCGACACCCGAGUUGUAUCUUCUCUCAAAAAGUUGAUGACCAACCUUGACUCUGCCCAUGAUGCCGUCGCCCCCCUCGACCUCAUCUCCAACCUCCGUGUUCUCGCUCCCCAAUUCGCCGAGACAGACAACCACGGACACUACUCCCAGCAGGACGCCGAUGAAGCUUGGACGACCCUCAUCUCUGCCCUCCGGUCCAAGCUGCCACAUGGUGCCGAUGGGUCUUUGGUGGACAAGUUGAUGGGAUUGGAGCUGGAGAAGACGUUGAAGUGCGCAGAGACGGACGCUGAACCGGAAAGCACCAGUACCGAGAGUCUGUCAAAGUUGCAGUGCAACAUCUCGGGCACGACCAACUUUUUGUUGUCUGGGAUCCAAGAUUCCUUGACACAGCAGGUUGAGAAGAACAGUCCGGUUCUUGGGCGAAAUGCCACCUAUACCAUGAAAUCCGCCAUCUCCAAAUUGCCCGAGUACCUCACCGUUCAUAUGGUCCGAUUCUACUGGCGUAGAGAUAUUCAGAAAAAGGCCAAGAUCAUGCGCAAGGUCAAAUUCCCUCUCGAACUGGAUCUCCUCGAGCUCCUCACCCCUUCUCUACGCGCCCGUACUCAGCCCCUCAACGUCCACGCCAAGAACGUCUUGAAGGACCGUGAUGCCCGAGCCACCGUCUUGAAGCGAAAGCCCGGAGAAGGCAGGGAGGAAGAAGAGAAGAGGAAGGAAGAGCGGGAGAAGGCUGAGGAGCUGUUGAAGACGCAGGAGACGGAAGGUGGAAGGAGGGAUGGGAGUGCGUUCUAUGAGCUUGCGGCGGUGGUGACGCACAAGGGUGCUUCCGCUGAUUCUGGACAUUACAUCGGAUGGGCGAGGAUGGAUGAUGGGGCUUUUGUCCCUGCUGAGCAGCAACAAUGGGCCAAGUUUGAUGACAACAAGGUCACAUUCUGCGAUGCUCAAAAGAUUCUUUCCAUGGACGGCGGCGGUGAGGACUCUGUAGCCUACAUCCUGCUCUACAGACAAGCCAAGAUCUAA